AUGUUUGGGACACUGGCGGAAGACGGCUCCAGACCGUCUUCAGAGAGGGCAAAAUGCAGCGGGAUUCAUAAGAAAAUGACCCAGUGGCUUUUUUUGGAGGAGAUGGCAUUCGUGAAAGACGCACUGGAAACCCUGCAGGCCUUAUCUCUCUUUCUCCAGAGGAGAGACGCAACAGCAGUCACUGCCAACACUGAAGUGGACGUUGCUGUGAGAGCGCUUGGAGCCAUGAGACAAGUGGAUGGCACAAGCGCAAAACGCCUACAUGGGGAAUACGAGGCUUCAGAAACGUUCAAAGGAGUCAAUGUGUCUCAACCAAGCGACAGAGAUAAAAGAAAGGCAGAGGUCUUUCGCGAAGGUUUUUAUACGUCACUCGCAGAGAACAUUCAGCGCAGGCUUGAUGACAAUGGCAUUAUUUCUGCCUCUGCCGCUCUGAACCCGUCCAAUUGGCCACCUGACGAGGAUGAGCGUAUUCUCUAUGGAGACGAGAAGCUGCUCGCGAUCCAAAAAAAACUUGCUGUCGACAUCGGAGAAAGCAAUGCCAUCCUCUUAAAAGAAUUCCACGAGCUCAAAUGCCAUGGGAUCACAGGUAAAGCAACUGUCAAUGAGAUUUACCACGACGAGUCUCUGGGAGUGCACAUCAACGUGGUGCUGGUGAGAAUGAUCAUGCUGGGAUAUGCCAAGUCCAUCAGCCUGAUCGAGAGGGGGAACCCAUCACGCAGCCUGGAGAACGUGUGCCGCUGGGCCUUUGGGCAGCAGAAGGGGGAUGUGGAGCACGCCGAGCACCACGACCACGCCAUCUUCCUCACCAGGCAAGGCUUCGGCCCCACCGGCAUGCAGGUUGAAAGGACAGUGAGCGCCUUCGUCGGGAUGCCUCAACAACUUUCUUUCGCUUGA